AUGUCUCUACCCAGAACCCUCACGCGCACCCUGCGCUCCCGACCAACCCUCCCAUCCACCACCACACACCUCUCCCCAAUCCAAGGACUCCUCCAAAAACGAACAGUCAAGAUCUCCGCCUCAGCAGUCGCCCAGGAUCCCACCCCCUCCGCCUCGCACGCUUCUGCCCCCUCAUUCCAAUCCCCCCCACCCCCCCGUUCAAUCAACACCACCACCACCACCACCCAAUCCACGGAAGAAUCCCACAUCGAAUCCCUCAUCUCAACCCACCCCAUCACCCAAUCUCUCCGCCAAAACCCCCUCCUCACCGAAUCCCGCCCCCACCGCACCAUCCCGCUCCCCCUCCGCCAGAACCACCUCGUCGCAGGCACGCUCUCGGGCCCCACGCGGCUCACAGUGCCCCCUUACGUCUGGGCCACUUCCCCUUCCACCCAACAAAACCAGCAUCAAUCAACAACCCACACCAUCUUCCACAUCGGCGGCAACCUCGGCGGCCACCCGGGCUACGUGCACGGCGGUCUGCUAACAGUCAUGUUCGACGAGGCUUUCGCGCGCUGUGUCUCCGCGUCGUUGACGAGCGGGCUCGGCAUGACUGCUAAUCUGAAUGUUGAUUUCAGGAAGCCCGGGAUUCCGGGUCGGUUGUUCUUGCUGAAGGCGGAGACGGUGAAGGUUGAGGGGAGGAAGGCUUGGGUGAGGGGGGAUUUGACCAUGUUGAAGAGGGAGGGGGCGGAUGCUGUGGCUGGGGAGGAGGAUGUUGUUGUUGCUGAGGGGAGGGCGUUGUUUGUGGAGCCGAAGUUUGCGGAUUCGAUCGUUCCGUUGUACCGCAACUGA